AUUUCCCUUGACUUAAGUAUGCACUGACACGAAGACUCCUCGCGUCCCUUCCAACUUCUAUGAUGCUAAAUAUGUACACACACAUAGAGCUAGCCAUAACCGAACCUAUCAGCCUAUAAUCAAACAACCGAAAGAAAAGAGCCAAAGAGAGAGAUGGUUUACUCUGAGCACAAAAGCAUUACUGUUCUUAUGCUUCCAUGGCUAGCUCACGGCCACAUUUCUCCCUUCCUAGAGCUUGCCAAGAAGCUUACCUCUAAGAGAAAUUUUCACAUCUUUAUCUGUUCCACGCCUGUCAAUCUCACCUCCAUUAAGCCAAAACUCUCUCCAAAAUACUCUCAUUGCAUUGAAUUUGUGGAACUUCAUCUUCCACAUGAAGAGUUGCCUGAAUUGCCACCUCAUUACCACACCACCAAUGGCCUCCCUCCUCAUCUCAUGUCCACUCUCAAAAGGGCCUUCGACAUGUCCAGCAAUAACUUCUCCAACAUCCUCACAACCCUAAAGCCAGAUUUGCUCAUUUAUGAUUUUAUUCCACCAUGGGCACCCUCUCUAGCUUCGUUGCAAAAUAUUCCAUCGGUCCGGUUCAUCACCACCAGUGCUGCCUUGAGCUCCCUUCGUGUUCACCAUCUCAAGAACCCUCGUGUCAAGUUUCCUUUUCCUUCGAUCUAUCUUCGGGAUUACGAAGCUAAAAAGUUCAACAAUCUGUUAGAACCUUCGUCAAAUGACAUCAACGACGGAGACCGCGUCCAGCAAUGCAGUGCUCGAUCAUGCAACAUCAUUUUGGUGAAGACAUCUAGAGAGAUUGAAGCAAAAUAUGUUGAUUAUCUCUCUGGUUUAAUGGGGAAGAAGAUCGUGCCAGUUGGUCCGCUUGUUCAAGAGCCAAUGGAUCUAAAAGUUGAUGAGGAAACAUGGAUCAUGAAAUGGCUGAACAAAAGGGAAAGGUCUUCGGUUGUUUAUGUUUGCUUUGGGAGUGAGUACUUUUUGUCCAGGGAGCAAAUCGAAGAGCUAGCUCAUGGGUUAGAGCUUAGCAAAGUGAGCUUUAUUUGGGUUAUAAGAUUUCCAAAGGAAGAGAAAGGUAAAAGAGUUGAAGAGGUGUUACCAGAAGGGUUUUUAGAGAGGGUGGGGGAGAAGGGAAUUAUAGUGGAGGGUUGGGCUCCGCAGGCAAACAUAUUGAAGCAUUCAAGUGUUGGUGGGUUUGUGAGUCACUGUGGAUGGAGCUCAGUGUUGGAGAGCAUCAAGUUUGGUGUUCCAAUUAUAGCCAUGCCUAUGCAUCUUGACCAGCCAAUUAACGCUAGAUUAGUAGAGGAGGUGGGUGUUGGUGUGGAAGUUAAAAGAACAGGAGAAGGAAUUUUGCAAAGAGAAGAGAUGGCGAAGGUGAUCAGAAAGGUGGUUGUGGAGAAAAUUGGAGAGGGCAUGAGAAAAAAGGCAUUGGAAUUAAGAGACAACAUGAAAAACAAAGAUGGAGAGAUAGAUGGGGUCGUGGAGGAAUUGAUGCAAUUUGUAGGAGAAGGGAAACAAAUAUCUACUUUUAAGUGAAAAGGAGUUGAGACUUCAAUAAUCAUUUUAAUGAUUUUGAAUGCUAAGCGUAUCUGAUGGCCGAUCAUGUGAAUGUUGGCUUUGACUUCUCUACGUUUUAGCGUCUUUUUAGCAUUCAGUACUCAUUUUCUAAUGAUUUUGAAUAAUGCUCAUGUCAGAUAAACU